AUGACGAAUAAUAAGACCGAUGACAACAUAGAGCGUAAACAGCAUAUUAUAACAUUACAAGAUGUUAAUAGAAUCAAUUAUACCCGUGAUGAACUCAUAUCAUUGAUAGAUGCAGGUGAAUUGCGAGGAGAUUUUAAAGAAUACAUAGACUGGAGAAACGAGGCAUCUAACAACAUAGCUAUUUUGAAAAGCGCAUUCAAAAAUGGAAAAACGCAAUCUCACGAUCACAUUUAUGCGAAACUUUGUGAAGUGAAAGUUGAUGAUUCGUUACAAAAUGAUCCAUUAUGCGUUGGGGUAAUUGACUUUAGCUCAGAUAGAUACCAACUUUCGGGAAAUAACUACAAAGAUCUUGUGGGAGAAAAGGCCGAUAUAAGAGAGUUGACCAAAAGUGCUGGAAUUAAAAAAUUAUGUGCCGACUUUGUAGUAGGAAGAAAUGAACUUAAAUAUGAGAAAGAACGUAUAGUAAGAGGAAUUAUCGAUGUACUUCUACAAGAAAUAAAACUAAAUGCGCUUCGUAAGGUUUCUCAUGGCUCAGAAAAUUCUCUUGUAGAAAUUAUAGUUCGACUAAUAGACACUGCUAUGUACCGCUUGCCUGUAGGCUAUGAAAUUGAGGUUACAAGGGCUGAGCGUCAAAGCAUAGCUAGUAAAAAUUGGAAGGUUCAGCAGCAAAAGGGAUCAAGAGGAAAUAAACCAGACCUUAUGAUUCGUAUGCUUUUUCACAGAAAAUGGUAUAUCUUGAGAGUGGAAAAUGGAACUGUGAUAAUGAAAAAAUUCGUAACGAUCAUAACAAAUUAG